UCGGAGGAGGAGAAGGCGGCGACGGAAGAAGAGGGAGAAGAGGAAGAGGUCGAUGACUGAUGUAGUAGAAGAUGUCGCUGUGGGUUGUGGUGAUGAUGAUGAUGGUGGUGAAGGUGAUGAUGGUGGCGGUGAUAGCAUUGGGGGCCGAGAGGCGGGGGUGGGGUGGUAGUGGUGGUGGAGGAGCUGCGGUGGUGGCGGCGGCGGCGGUGACGGUGGCAGCAGCGGCAGCAACAGCGAAGGAGGCAUACUUUUGGCAGUAGGCUGGAGUACAGCCGGCGUGGAUAUUGCAGAUCACGGAUCAUGCAUUCCAAUUGACGAAUGUUCGCUGGGAAUUCAUCAUUGGCACUCCACAGAUGCUCAAGAAAAAGCUUGAGAUGGUAGAAGCACUUGCAGAGAUUGAAGUUGCCAACAAACUGCUGGUCGACGACUCUCCCGCUGCGACUGAGCAUCCUGCGGAUGUGAACUACCGGCGCCUGAAGUGCGAGCUCGAUCCUCUUGACAGGGACUCGGAAGAAUUCAAAAUGGUUGGUUUGAAGUUCUUUCCUUUUUGAAUGUGUAAUAAUUAUUUAAUGUUAAAAUUUGGAUAUUAAAUUAUUAAAAGUUUUUUAAAACACUUUUGAGCGCUGCUUUCGAGUGC